GUGGCCAAUCCGGCUUGCAGCACAGUGGCAUCAACGUGAAAGCGAUGUUGCACGCAUCGGUUUCUUCGACUGGCGUCACAUUGUGGAUCACAGCGAGCAUUUCCGGCGCACACCGUCCGCGAGUGUCGGGUCCUGGCCUGAAUGAUCGACUAUAAACGCGAAGGGCUUCGAGCCGAAUCCCAUCCCCGGACAUUCUCGCUUCGUUAACUGUUACCUCUCUCCGAAUUGCUGGUUCUCUCAGCACCGCUGCGAUCAUGGCUGCCACUGCAGUUCAACACGGCCAAUCCAUCGGACCGCCUGGUCAACCUGACAUCGGGUAUACGCCGGACCACAGCAAGUAUCUAGCAAGAGUCAAACGCCGACAGGAAACUGAGCGUUUGGAGAAGACGCUGCCCCCUGGCUUCCCCAAGCAGCUACAGUCAAAGCUGGUGUGGGACGGCAACGACCUCGCCGAGACAUACGACUGGAACUACCAUCUCACCAGUGAUGACCUAGCCGAGAUUGAUGCUGCUCUGCGGCACUUCAAAGCUCUGAGUAAACCGUUGGGCUUCAUCAGCGCGGAGACAUUCCCGCUGCCGAAGCUGCACCAGACCCUGCGCGAGAUCUCCCGCGAGAUCCACUUUGGCCACGGCUUCAAGGUGAUCAGGGGUGUGCCGGUCACUAAGUACACGCGAGAAGAGAACAUCAUCAUCUACGCUGGAAUCUCGGCGCACAUCGCCCCCGUCCGGGGUCGUCAGGACAACAAGUACGAUGGCCGGCCGGCCGACGUAGUGCUGGCCCACAUCAAGGAUCUGACGACGCAGGUGGAAUCCAGCAAUAUUGGAGCACCCGCCUACACUACCGAGAAGCAAGUCUUCCACACCGACUCCGGGGACGUGAUCGCCCUGUUCGCACUGAGCGAGGCAGCCAAGGGUGGCCAAAGCUACCUGUCGAGCAGCUGGAAGGUGUACAACGAGCUCGCCGCCACACGGCCGGACCUCAUUCGAACGCUAGCAGAACCGUGGGCUGCUGAUACGUUCGGCAAACUCGGCACCCCCUACAUCCUCGCGCCGCUGCUACACUUCCAGCCGUCGACAGACACCGACCCUGAACGGUUGAUCAUCCAGUACGCUCGUCGCACCUUCACGGGCUACUGGGGCCUGCCGAGGUCGUCCAAUAUCCCUCCCAUCACCGAGGCGCAGGCCGAAGCUCUGGACGCGCUGCACUACACGGCCGAGAAAUACGCCGUGUCGCUUGACUUUCACCAGGGAGACAUCCAGUAUGUCAACAACUUGAGCAUCUUCCACGCGCGCGCCGAGUUUGAGGACUCCGAGGAGAAACAACGGCACCUCGUCCGCUUGUGGCUACGUGACCCCGAAAAUGCCUGGAAGACACCAGCUGCACUGCAAGACCGCUGGGACCGCGUGUACAGCGGCGUGACCGCUGAGAACAGCGUCUUCCCUCUCGAGCCCUACAUCAGGAGCGCCAGCAAGGGGGAGGCGGCCGGGGAGAAGGCUACGAAGUACGGCUAGCGGGGAAUCGGGGAGCUGUGACACGGUUGGGCUUUCAGACUAAUUG